CUAGAGAAGGAAUGUUGGCAAGGAUCUCCACCACAUGAAAUCCUCUCUCAAAGCUGUUGGGGCCUGAAACUUUAUUCAGCAGUUUGAAAUCAAUCUACAAUCUCUGCUCAUUCACCCUCCCACUUGGGGCUAAUGCACAGGCAUGAACACCUACUGAGGAAAACCACAAAAACCUUCAAAACAGCUCUGACGGGAAAAGAGAGUUUUAGCCCAGCCAGGAGGCCCCUAGUUUAUUACCUUCCAUUCACCUUGAAUGCUGCUGAAAUGAAGACUGUACAUUCUACCCUUCUCCUAUUACUGUUCGUGCCUCUGGCAGAGCCAGCACCACCACCUCAGCUGGACACGCACAGUAACUAUGAGUAUGCAACAGAUAACUAUGAAGAAACCAAGUUUAGCCAAGACUAUGAAGAUGAAUACCUGGAUGGAAAAACUCCUGAGGAAAAAGAAACUCUAACACCUGAUGAAAAAAGUCUUCAGUUACAAAAGGAUGAGAGUGUAACAUUACCCCCAAAGAAGGAAACUGAUGAAAUGCCAACGUGCCUGCUGUGCGUUUGCUUAAGUGGCUCCGUGUACUGUGAGGAAGUUGACAUUGACGCGGUGCCGCCCCUGCCCAAGGAAUCAGCCUAUCUGUAUGCACGAUUCAACAAGAUUAAAAAGUUGACAGCCAAAGAUUUUGCAGACAUGCCUAACUUAAGAAGACUCGAUUUUACGGGAAAUUUAAUAGAAGACAUAGAAGAUAAUACUUUCUCACAACUUCCCCUGUUAGAAGAACUUUCACUUGCUGAAAAUCAAUUACUGAGACUUCCAGUUCUUCCUCCAAAGCUCACCUUAUUCAAUGCAAAGCACAAUAAAAUCAAGAGUAAAGGAAUAAAAGCAAAUACAUUCAAAAAACUGAAUAAACUCUCCUUCCUGUAUUUGGACCAUAACGACCUGGAAUCUGUGCCUCCUAAUUUGCCAGAAAGUCUACGUGUAAUUCAUCUUCAGUUUAACAGCAUAACUUCAAUUACAGAUGAUACCUUCUGCAAGGCUAAUGACACUCGCUACAUUCGGGAUCGGGUUGAAGAGAUUCGCCUGGAGGGCAAUCCGAUCAUCCUGGGAAAGCAUCCAAACAGCUUUAUUUGCUUAAAAAGAUUACCUGUCGGGUCCUACAUUUAAACCACUAUCAAUUCAAUUUAUAAGCUAAGCAAACAUAAUAAUGUCUAAAGGAACAUAAAUAAUGGCUUGAUAGUAACAUUUUAUCUCAUUAGGAAGGAAUUUUAUGUUUAAAUCAAGAAUGCCAAAAAUUCUUAUAUGUAAUAAGCAAAACAUCAGAUUAAAUCUCUUAAGCUCAACACAAAAUAAUGUGAAAAUAUUUAAACAUUAAAAGCUUCUAGUUUACACUA